AUGGCGACCCUCGUCGGCUUCGCCAUGGACGACCCGAUCGCGUCUCUGCACGCGAAGCACGCGCGGUCGGCGCAGCCGGAGUCGAAGCAGGUGUGCGUCGUCGCGGAGGCGAUUGCGGAAAUCUUACGACAGGAGAACAUCGCGCCGUCCCCGACCGCGGUGUUCGCCGCGGUGAUGUCCUCGCUCGAGCGCGCGGAGACGAGCGCGUCCCCAGAGGUAUCCACCGCGAUGCUCGUCGUCCUCGCGACCGCGCUGGAGCACGCGCCCGCGGGCCCGGUGCUCACGAAGCUCCCGGAUUGCGUGAAAGUCCUGCUCGCGUCGGGAAGGGCGUUCCAGGAGCAUCCCCCCGCGCUCCGCGGGGUCGUGCAGUGCAUCGGCCUCCUCGUCGCCGCGCUCAGGGACGCGCCUCCGCCCGCGAACGACGGCGCGGACGGGGACUGGUCGCAUCUCCAGAAAGCGUUCAGCGCCGUGUGCAACCUGUGCGUGGACUCCCGGCCGAAGGUUCGGAAGCAAGCCGCGGCGUCCGCGGAGGCGGCUUUGCGCGCGCUCAGAGGGACGCCGUACGCCUCGCACGCGAGCGCGUGCUUCGCGAAAGUCGCCGUCGCGACCGCGAGGGCGCCCGCGAAGGCUGCGCGCGAUCUCGCGGAGAUGCACGGCAGCGCGGGCGCGAAGGCUGCGGAGCGGCGCGCGCAGGCGGCGGCGACGGAGUGCCUCCAUCUGUUGGGCGCGCUGAAGCGGACGCUGCGCGAGCUCGAGGAGCCCGCGGCGGGGGAGACCGCGAGCGCGGUCGCGGCGCUGCUCUCGCUAGGCGAGCCGCUCCUGACGCAGCACGCGUGCGACGCGCUGAUGAGUCUGUUCGCGCAGACGGGCGCGGGCGCGGCGGCGGCGGCGGCGGCGCUCGCGGCGAGCGCUCGAACCUUUGGAAAAGGAUCAAACGACGCGGCCGCGGCGCCGUCCGCGUCCGAGGCGUGCCGACUCGCGGCGAAGACCGCGGCGGCGGCGAUCGCGCCGCUCGCGUCCGCGGCGCACGCGGAAGCCGCGCGACGCCCCAUGCUCGCGGUCUCGCUCGUCCGCGCGCACGCGGCCGCGGUCAGACGGUUGCACGAGCUCGACCCCGCGGGCGCGGGCGGCGGCGCGUUGCCCGCGGCGGCGCACGAGCUCGUUAAGAUGCUCAACAGCGUCCACGAGGGCGUCGCCAUGGAAGCCGGCGCGUGCCUGUCCUCGCUCGUGACCAGGUGCGUGGACGCGAACAUGGUGCGAGAGGGGAUUAAGGCGAUGGCGACCGCGCGAGCGGCGGGGCGGGCGGCGCCGACGCGGCCGCCGCCCGUCGUGGGCGUCGCCAACGCGUUGCGCGCGUCGUUGGGGUUCCGGUACCGAGCCGCGUGGCCGAUCGCGCUGCCGGUCGUCGCCGCCGCGUUCGAUCGGUUGGGGCCCGCGGCCGGGCCCAUACUCGGCGGGUGCUUGGAAGCGCUGGGAGAGAUGGGCGCGCACGGGGAAGGGUUGCAGUGCCGCGGACAGCUCACGUUGUGUCUCUCCGCCGCGGUGAAGGCGCUCGGGCCGGAGCAGGUGUUGUCCGUGCUGCCGCUGAGGCUCGAGGAGGGCGUCGACGCGGAGAUCGCCGCGAUCAGGAACGGCCGAUCGAACGGGUUCGACCGCGACGGCGACGAUGCGAUGGAGACGGACGCCCCCGGCGCGGAGCUGGACGAGAACGGCGGGAACGUCGCCGGCGCCGCGGGCGCGCGGCUGUGGCUCGUCCCUCUGUUGCGUCAGGCGUUGAGAGGUUGUCGCGUCGGGUAUUUCACCGAGGAGAUGCUCCCGAUCGCGCGGCGGUUGGGCAAGCGCGCGGUGGAAGCGAAAGCCGCGGGGCGAGCGUUCGAAGCGCAGCGAUGCGCCGCGGGGGAGUCCGCGCUGUGGUCGCUGCUUCCCGCGUUCUGUCGGUGGCCCGAGGACGCCGCGGAGUCGUUCCCAGGACUCGCGCCCGCGCUCGGAAACGCGUUGUCGUCGCGCGCGGACCUUCGAGGGCCGCUCACGGAGGCGCUGAGAAGGUUGAUCCAACAAGCGAGGGCGGCGAUCAACGCGGACGCGAAGGCGAAGGCGAACGCGGACGCGGGCGCGGACUCAGACGGCGAGGAGGAGGAGGAGGACGACGACGACGAGGACGAGGAGGACGAGGACCGCGCGCGCGAAGCCGCGGCGGCUGCCGCUAUUUUAGAAGACAGGCCGGAUUGGUUCAGCACCGAAAUCGCGGAAGCGCAAGCCGCGGCGGUGGCGAAGUACGCGCGCAACUUCCUGCCGAUUCUGUUCAACCUCUUCGUCGCGGCGCCGCCGGAACGCCGCGGCGAGUUGAGCGCGACCGUGGGGUGCUUCGCGCAAGUCACGGACGCGACGUCCCUCGGCGGAUUUUUCCGCACGGUGCUGAAGAAGCUCGUCAAGGUGACCUCGGACGCGGAGAACGCCCCGGACGCGCUCACGGAGGGCGGCGCCACGAAAUCCGCGCGCCGGUGCACGUUCAUGGACCUCUCCUUAGCCAUGGUUCCCGGUCUAGACGCCCCCGCGAGGGACCUGGUCUUCAAAGCCGCGAGACCGGCCACCGGGGAGAAGGACGCGGCGGUGCAAAAGCGCGCGUACAAACUCCUCGCCGCGUGA